AGAAAGCGUAAGCGUUCAGACCGAGGUAAACUUAUACAAUCUGCCCUAACCUAACCCAUCCCUCUGCGGCUCUGCCUAAGCGACGAAGACGAUCCAGCUGCUUCUCCCAGCGACUUCGACGAAGGCGACUGCCGCUACUUCUCCAGGUUAGCAGAAGAAGAAGAAGACGACGCUGCUACUGCCGGCGACAUCGACGAAGACGACGACCGUUGCUGCUUUAGGUUAAUCGACGAAGACGACGACGCCAUCGCUCCUUGCAACUUCGACGAAGACGGUGACCGCUGCUGUCCAGUAUAACUCUCUAGUUCUGCUUCCUCGUUUUGCAGAAGAUUAACGCCUGGUCAUUAGUUCGUCGGAGAAAAUGUUGAGUCCUGUAUCUUCGGACUCGCCUGAGGCUGAGUCAGAGAACCCCGAGUCAUGCUCAAACUCUGAGCAGCCUGCAAUAGAAACUCCGGCAUAGGGACAAAUUUUAGACUACGAAAACAAAGAUUGAAGAGAAAACAAAAGGUGGAAAAGAGCCCUGAACAAUAAAAACGUUUACCUCUAAAGAAGAGAGCCCUGAACAAACAGCCUCUUAGUGAAUCAGAUUUCAUGGAUGAUGAUGAUUUGAUGCAGGCAAUUGCUCUAUCACUACAAGAUUCUGUCGGUUUUUUAGAUGUUAGCAAAAAACCUGCUAAAUGUGAUCGUGCUCGUAUCAUGGACGAGAAGUGUAGAGUGAAGAAAGUAGACUCCAACAUUGUAGAAGGAAAAGGAAAGAGGAAGAGAAAACAAACGAUCAGGAAUCGAGUACAAAUGACUGAAGAUGAACUCAUUUUACACUUCUUUCAGUUUGAUGAAGCUGGAAAAGGAAGCAUAGGUUUGAAAGAUUUACAUAGAGUAGCAGCAUCACAUGACUUUUUAUGGUCCGAGGAAGAGCUGAGAGACAUGAUGCACUUCAAUGAUGGUGAUGGUGAUGGAAAGCUGAGACUUGACAAUUUUCGCAAAAUUGCUGUUGGUUGCAACGUGUUACAAGGAUCUGCAAAUGCUGCAUCAUGAGGCAAUAUGACUUGAUUGUAGGUGGCUUGAUUCCUUUCAUCCCUGCUGUUGUGGUUUUGUGUGACUCAGUGACUGCAUCAUCUUGGGGGCUGACCUUAAUCAAGAAUCCUGUUUAGUGCAAUAAGAAUCAUGCGUGAAAUAUCAACAAUUGACGAAUUUCUUGACCAGGGAACAAAAACUCCAUGAAAGAAAAGUUGAGCAAGUAAAAGUGAAUGAAGAUGUUUGUACACACUAUUUAAUUAAAUACUCAGCAAACCCUUCUUGUUGACCCCCUCCUGCUAUUUCAUUACAUUAGUAUUUUAUUCCAACUUAAAUAUGUUACUCGUAGAUAUGUGAUUGGUAUAAGUGUGAGACAAAAAAAUGGUGUUCGUAUGUCUUAUGAAGUUUUUUAAGAUGUUUCAGAUUAUUGAGCUUUAUUGUACUUCAAGCAUAAAGUUUUUAAAUUUAUGAUCUUAUGAAGUUUGAUACUUAUUAACAGGACAAGAUCAGAUGCGGCAAGAAAUAAAAUCAUACAGCUUGGUGCUGAUGAAGUAUUAACUCAGAGCCAGCUUGAUAUUGAAAAAGAUCUAGACUCUUCUGGUAUGCAGCAACUUCAUUUACUUGUUUAACGAGAUGUUAUCUCUGUCUCAUUUUGUGUUUUAUUUUUUAUUAUUUUGUUUUCUCACUGUUUCUUUAAUCUCACUCAAUAAAAGACUUUAUGUAUUCCAUUUGUCUCAUGUCUGAUAUAGGGCAGUAUACUUGAACCUGCAAUGGGGCUCAACUGCAUUGGUGGAAAUGUUGCUUCAUUAGCCCUUAAAUUCUUGAGCUGAAAAAUAGGCCAUAUUUGAUUAGUUCUUUUUCCCAGAUCACUUGGAAAAUUUUAUACUCUUACCAAAUACCAAUGUAUGAUUCACAAAUCACUUUACUAUUAUAUUCUUUACUAGUUUUUUCAAAAUCUAUAGCAAACCACAGGCCCAAUAUUUCAAAUGUGAAAAUCACAAUAAACUGACAAAUUGAAGCAAGAUGUGGAUAUACUAAAGGCUGAUUUAGGUGAACGUGUGAAAUGCAAAGGGACUUUUGUUAUUGCAAAGAAUGACAAGUAAUGCACACAUCGGGCGAUAGGCGGCGAGUAAGUGUUACUCAUUGUAUACUGUAAGUUUUAUUAUAUUUGGCACUUAAUGAAACAAAAGUAAUGAUUGAAUUCAUGGUUAGUUUUUCUCUUGUUAUUGAAAUGUUGUUUGCUCGUUGAUUUCUACCAAUGCUUGCUUUCUUGCAGGUGAACUGUGAUGCUAUAAAGAGCAUUGAUGUACAACCUAUUCGUUAAUUAUGUUAUGAAGCGUAAUUAGUCUGUAACUAAACAGGUGUUGUUGAUUUUCUUUUGACUGAAAAUUAAGAAAGACAGGAUUAAGCAGGUUGUUAACCUUGUCUCUUCUUUUUUCUUGUGGCCUUUUCAGUUUCACAUGUCAUAAUUGGUCUGUUAUAAAAGUCUUUGUGGUUUAAUGUCAUGUUUGUCUAGGCUUGAGGUACGAGCUUUUCUAUUUUUUCUAUUAUUAUUUAAUUAUUAUUAUUAUGAUCUAAAUUUGGUUUUUAUUAUUUUAUUUGAUAAAAAUUAGGAAAUUCUGGGUUAAACGAGUUUUAUUGAAGCCUGAAGUAUUAAAGUGUAGGAGAAGUGAAACUUAAGUUAUUUAAAUAGUGUGCUUGUAGAUACAUAAAAUUGUAAUUAUUAUAUACAGAUUAUUCAAGUCAAAUGUCUUUAGAUAUAAAUUAGGUGUUUGUAAUUUUUAUAGGUUUAUAUGCCUUCAGAAGCAAAUUCAGAGGGCUGACACCACAUUUGAAUUGUUGUGCUUCAGGAAUGGUGGGGUGUGGACUUUGAGAUUAAAAAAGCCAUGCUCAGAAGUUCUUUGAAUUUGACUCUGAGAAGCACAGAUGGAAGGACUUAGGUGGCAUGACUCAGUUAAUUAGCUUAAAGAGAAGUGUUAAUGUUAUUGUAUUGGUGAUGCUUCAUGUACUUCGAUAGGGCAAAUGUGCCUUUUUUUCUGUUUUGAUUAAUAGAAGAAUAUUGUGGUCAUGUUGGAAUGAAAAGGUGUUAUUUUUUUUAUUUAAAAA